UCUGGGAAAAGCCAGCUUCUGUUUGCACUGGUCUUCACUACCCGUUAUCUGGACCUCUUCACUUCAUUCAUUUCAUUGUAUAACACAUCUAUGAAGCUCAUCUACAUUGCUUGCUCAUACGCCACUGUGUACCUGAUCUACAUGAAGUUUAAGGCCACCUAUGAUGGAAACCAUGAUACAUUCAGAGUGGAGUUCCUGAUAGUUCCUGUUGGUGGACUUUCGUUUCUUGUCAAUCAUGACUUCUCGCCUCUGGAGAUACUGUGGACCUUCUCCAUCUAUCUUGAAUCAGUUGCUAUUCUCCCUCAACUUUUUAUGAUCAGCAAAACUGGGGAAGCAGAGACCAUCACUACUCACUAUCUUUUCUUCUUGGGUCUGUACCGUGCCUUGUACUUAGUCAACUGGAUUUGGCGCUACUAUUUUGAGGGAUUUUUUGACCUCAUAGCUGUUGUUGCUGGUGUGGUCCAGACCGUUCUUUACUGUGACUUCUUCUAUUUGUAUGUUACAAAAGUGCUCAAGGGAAAGAAGCUCAGUUUGCCAGCAUAAGUGCCAAAAAAAACCACCACCAGCAUCUGUCCUUUUGGAUGCUUGGACAGAACAAUCCUUAUCACAAGCAAAGGCGAAGAUGCUUGAGACAGAAAGUCAGAAACACAGCUCUUUAUAGUGCAGGUAGUCAUCAGCGGCUCUGUAAGAACGGAGGAAGAACAACCAGCAGAUUUCUGUUUGAUGCAUCUUGCCUUUAUCUUUUUUAUUACUAUGUAUAAAGGUUUUUUACAUAAAGAAACUUAUACUGUAUUAAUAAAUUCAGUGUAUGGUUUCAAUUGGAAUAGUUCCAAAAGUGAGAUUUUUGUGAGAUUGUUUAUGACCAGGAACAAGUGCAAACUUUUUUUUUUAAUUUUCAAUAAUUUCUUUGAAAUGACUGGGUUUUUUUUUCUUUUUUUUUUUGUUUUCAGUGCACAGUUACGUGCAUCCUUGAUGGAUGGUAGUCAUCUGUUCUUUCCCUUUGAUUCAAUUUUCAUUCCACUAUAUUUAUUUUUUUCCAAAAGGUGAAUAUAUGUCAACUCUAAAUCUGAAACCACCGAUGUUUGAUGUGAUGUGCUGGUGCCUGGUCUUUGUGCCAUCUGCUGACAUGGAGUUCCUAAUCUCAAAUGUAUGUCAGCAGCAGAAGGGGAACGGUCACAAUUUGUAGUUACUUCCCUCCUAAAAUGGGCUGAUGGCAAGAGGGCAGCAGGGGAAUCUCUGGAGGCCACAAGGCUGGGCCUUUUCCUGUCUCGCUGGGAAGGGAAUCCCUCUGAGGGCAGCGGUGGAGCGGGGCGGGAGCCGCGGUUGUGCUUGGCGGCGCUGUGGCUGGUGGGGAGGAGGAGGCUGAACACCUUGGAGCACGGCCCCGCUGCGCCAUCGCAGCUGCAGGAACAGGAGACUUGAGUUGUUGAUUACAGUAAGCUGUAGGUGAUCGUUUUAAACUACAUUUUCUUUUUAAUGAAUGCUUUAUAAGCAACUUCCAUGUUCAGCUUCAAGUGGUUUUUGAUGUCACUUUUGGACAACUGAUUUUUUUUUUUUUUAUAAACUUCAAAAUCGGCAGCACCAGUUACCAUUCUUUAUCCUUUAAAUGAUUCCCUUUUUUUACUGAGCUGUUGCAUGAUUUAUCCUGUGUUACCAUCCUCAAUAAACACUUUAUGAAAUGGUGAAAA